UCGAGGAGGGAACAAAAAAAAAAGGAAAGAUAUUGAGCGGCACUGCACGCGCGUGCUUUUGUGCUUGUUAACAUUAGCUACUGAAUCGUCGCUAACAUCGGUGGAUUUUUCGUCAUUGGCUACAUUAAAAUUGAUUCGGAGGCAGCUGGACAGAUUAUCUGACACAUCAGCGAGAAAAAAAAACCACAGGAAGUGGACUGAAUUUCGUGAGGUGAAUGCGAAAAAAAAAGUUUCGGUGAUUGGAAGAACCGCCGGCGGCGCGCAGCUGUGUGUGGGCUCUGCCGGACACGACGUUAAUUCGGAGAACCUGGGUCUGUUGGACGUUACCACCGCCACCAUCCUGAAUUAAAGAAGACUCGCUAAGAAUUAAAAAAAAAAAAAAAAAAAAAAAGGAUAACAACUUGCUUACACAGCAGUGUUGAUGAGAGGUGAAAGGUUCAUGGGUAGUUGGUAUCCAUGAAACUGCCAAAAUGUCAUCAAUCCCAGGACUCCCUACACAAGGAUCAGAUGUAACGAUUCACAUAACCAGGGUCCACUUGCACCCCCUAUCUGUGCUUGUGGAAUUCUGGGGAAAGUUUAGCCAGAGCAGGGAAGUAGAGUACGAGUGCCUGGCUAAAGACCUUCAGUCUCUUGGUAAAACCAUUCAAGAAUUUGAAGGAAGCCCCGGUGACCUGUGCUUGAUCCAGAUAAAUUGUACUUGGUACAGGGCCCGCAUAAUCUCCAAAAAUGCCUCGAAAUACAGUGUGUUUCUCAUUGACAAAGGGAUAACCUCUUGCACCACCACAAGUAAUCUGGCAUGGGGUAAGAAGGAGAUCUUCCUCCUACCACCUGAAGUGGAAUUCUGUGUCCUCGCUAAUGUGUUGCCAGUCCCGACAGAGAGCAGAUGGUCUCCAGUGGCUCUUGAAUAUCUGCGAUCUCUCUCUGGGAAGUCUGAGAAAGCACAUGUGCAAAAUGUUCUGGUGCCCCACAGAACAUUCAUCCUGCACAUACCUAGCAUUGCCAAACAAAUGUAUGAGAUGGGAUUUGCGAAGAAGCUGUCUCCAGACAUGUUCCAGGACUAUGUGCUCAUGUCAUUGAAGCCAGAAACUCAACAGAUUUCCUUUGGAGCAGGAGAGCGACUGCAAAAGCAAGAGCACUUCAUGGUCCCAGAGCUUUCAGCGGGAACUGUGGAGACCGUCAUAGUCACAGAAGUGACAGGUCCACAAAGGAUUUUUUGCCAGUUGAGGGUAUUCUCACAAGAGCUGAAGAAACUCUCAGAGAAAAUCACACAGUGCUGUGAGGGCAGAGUGACCAGUUGUCCUGUGGGUCCAGAAAUGAUUGGUUUUCCGUGUGCUGCAAGAGGGACUGAUGGCAGAUGGUACCGCUCUGUUCUACAACAGGUUUUCCCAGCCAAAGGUUUUGUGGAAGUGUUGAAUGUUGACUAUGGAACAAAACAGAUUGUUCAAGUGGACAAUGUAAGACCACUGGCUAAAGAAUUUUUCCGGAUGCCCGUUGUGACUUACAUCUGUUCCCUCCAUGGAGUCAUUGACAAAGGGGUUGGAUGGACGGCAAGCCAGAUUGAUUUUCUCAGGAACCUUCUUCUGAACAAGACUGUGAUUGCCAAAUUUGAGUACCAGAGCAUGUCAGAGGGUGUUCACUACGCCACACUCUAUGGUGAUGAAAAUACAAAUAUUAACAAGUUGUUUGCGUCCAAGGAAAGCUGUUUGCUGGAGUGCGAGAAAACACUUGGGGAUUAUGCCAUCCGUAGUCCUGCAUACAGCCUUGAGCACCAAGCCCAGCAAGAAAAAAACCAAAGAAAGAUGUUAAAUUCUGGGAAGACUGGAGAGGAAAAAGGAGGAAAAGGAGUAGCAGAGAAGUUACCAGCAGAAUACCUCUCCCUAAACUCCUCACAUGUUGCAUUUGUUAAGCAUGUAUCCAACCCAUCAGAGUUUUGGAUCCAAACACACAACUAUGCCAAGGAACUGGAUAAAUUGAUGGAUAGUAUCUAUCAUUUGUACAAAGGUUCUGAGAAUAAAGAUGUGGUGACAAAUCCAACCGUCGGGCUGUACUGUGCUGCCAAGGCAAAAGAUGGUGACUUCUACAGAGCAACUGUUUCUGAAGUUGGAGAGACGCAGAUCAAGGUGUUCUUCAUCGAUUAUGGAAACACCGAAGACGUUGAAAGGAUUAACAUCAGGACCCUUCCGGACAAGUGGAAAAAUUUGCCAAGGCUUGCACUCAAAUGCACCCUGGCUGGUGUCAGACCCAAAGAUGAGAGAUGGAGUCAAAGUGCCUCUGAGUUUUUCAUCAAAGCAGUCACCGACAAAAUACUAAAUGCACAUGUGACAGGAAAAUAUGAUGAUGGGUAUAUUGUACAGCUAACAGAUCCCGACGCUCAGGAAGAAAGAGACCUCAGUACACUGAUGUGUAGCUCUAACCUUGCUGAAAGGGCUGACGCACAGAAACAACCCCAAGCCAAUGUGACCAUACAACCUGCCAUUCUGCCUCCCGCACACCAUCAACAUGCCGGACCAUCAGGUGUAUAUUGGAACAAGGGCACGUCUUUCCAGACACAAAACACUAUUGUCCCUGACAUCAACAAAGGAAGAAUUCCUUUGUUUAAGGAGCAAAUGUUUCCCAUUGGGAGUAACUUUGAUGUCUCUGUGUCCUACAUCGAAAGCCCAAAUGACUUCUGGUGCCAGCUAGUACAAAAUACAGGGGACUUGAAAUUGCUCAUGCAUGAAAUACAGGCUCACUAUUCAGGCAGUGAAUAUCAACCUCUUCUAGAAGCAGCUUGUGUUGCUCGCCACCCUCACAACAAAAUGUGGUACAGGGCCCUUGUAAUUCACAAACAUGAAACGCCUCAUGUGGACGUGUUGUUUGUUGAUUAUGGCCAGACAGAAACCAUCUCCCUCUGCGACCUGAGGAGGAUAUGCCCGGAGUUCCUUACUCUGCCUGGUCAAGCCUUUCGAUGCAGUCUGUUAAACCUUGUUGAUCCCACGUCUGCUAUCAAUGAGUGGAAUGACAAAGCAAUAGCAAGAUUCCACAACUUUGUAGAAGUUGCUGCAUCCAACUUUGUGAUUUUAAAGUGCACCCUAUAUGCUGUCAUGUACAGUGAGCAGAAGAUUGUUUUCAACAUUGUUGAUCUAGAAACUCCUUUCGAGAGUGUCUGCACCAGCAUGGUCAACCUUGUCAAAAGUGUCCCUCCCAAGAAAGUCUCCGGACAAUCUUUCCGCCUGGACACAUACUACUACUCAACACACAAUGUCAAAAUUGGGACAGAAGAACAGAUCACGGUGACAUGUGUGAACAAUGUCAAUCAAUUCUACUGCCAGCUUGAGAGGAACGCUGAUGUGAUCGAAGAUCUCAAUAUCAAAGUGAGCAAUAUCUGCCGUCAGCUCGAGAAUGUAAAGCUCCCAGGAGUCUUUGGAACUUUGUGCUUUGCCAAGUACACUGAUGGACACUGGUACAGGGGGCAGAUCAAGGCCACAAAGCCAGCAAUCUGGGUUCACUUUGUGGAUUAUGGGGACACUAUUGAGGUAGAUAAGCCUGACUUGUUUCCAGUACCGAAAGAGGCUUACGACAUCAUGUCUGUGCCUGUGCAAGCAGUUGUGUGUAGUCUCUCUGAUGUGCCCACCAAUGUCCCCAGUGAUGUGAACACCUGGUUUGAGACGUGUGCAACAGAAUCUAAAUUCCGGGCUCUAGUUGUGGCCAGAGAACCUGAUGGGACACUGUUGGUUGAGCUGUAUCACGGAAACACUCAGAUUAAUUCAAAGAUCAAGAAGAUGUUUCGGAUUGAGAUGCACAAAGAAGAGAGUGUCGUCACCCAGUGUCAUAAAGCACUUGAUGUAUCUGCAAAACACACGGAAAAUCCCCGAAAAGAUGUCCCAAAACAAAGUGGAUUCUCUGCCCCAAAACCAGCACCUCAAAUGAGAGAUGAGACAAAACCUGCAAACACGAAUCUGCAGUAUGCACUGAAGCCUUCGAGCAGGGAUUGUGAAAAUGGGCAGAAGGUCAAAGCUGUUCCAAUACAGCUGUACAAACCACCUCACCAAAGACAGUCAUGUACACCGACAUCAAGUAAUACGGGAAAUGGUUCUGAGCCUUCAGGUGCCAUGGUCAAACAAAGAAAUGAAAAGCUCCCCACAGACAUUAACCAGCUGAGCAAGUCCAAAUCACCAGGUACAGACUCUCAGAAGGAAAUCCAUGUUGAAAAACUCCCGAAACUUGCGGACCUGCCCUCAAAAUCUAUAACAUCGGGUACGGAAGCAGAUGUUUACGUCUCGCACCUCAACAGCCCAUUGGAUUUUUAUGUUCAACUUGUCAUGGAGGAGGAUGAAUUAUUCUCCAUUGUUGAAAAGCUCAAUGAUCCCACAUCAAUCAGAAAAACCGAAGUCAUCAAAGAUGUACAUCCAGGUGACCUUGUUCAAGCAGAGUUUCAAGAUGACUCCUCAUGGUACCGAGCAGUUGUUAGAGAAAUGCACAGCAACUCAAUGGCUCUUGUUGAGUUUGUUGACUUUGGAAAUACAGCAAUGACACAAAUUUCCAAGAUGGGCAAACUCCAUGAGUCUUUCUUGCUACAACCUGGGUACAGCACACACUGCAUGCUGAGCGAUGUUGCCUCUCGUGGAAAGGAGGAAAUGCUUGAUCCGAAUGUCCAGUCAGCUUUCAAAGAAGCAGUAUGUGGUGAAGGAGACAAGAAGCUCAACUGCCGGUUUAUCAGGCAGUCAGGAUCUGUGUGGGAAGUCAGUCUGGAUGACAGUGGAGUGAAUGUCAUAUGUAAAGUUCCUAUCAAAUGUUCAACUGAUGGUUCUGAAAUCACCCCAGAGAAACUUAAAGAAGCUGAGGAAAAACCUGCUCAGAACUCAGAGGAACCGCCACUGAACUCCUGUUCUCUACACUACCGUCAACAGGAGUUUCUAGAGGAACAGAAAUUGCAGAUUUACAUCACAACUAUAAAUGAUGGUCAUUCCUUUUGGGGUCAGUGUGCUGACUCAGAAGAACUUGACAAAAUAGCAUCCGGUGUCUCAGAAGUUGGGAACGCAGCUGAUCACAAAAACAUUGACUUAAGCGCCCUCUCCUCUGGCAGCCCAUGCAUUGUCCUCUUCUCAGACGAUCUACUUUGGUACCGUGCAGAGGUAACCGACAAAGAUGGAGAUGAGCUGUCUGUUCUCUUCGUAGACUAUGGAAACCAGUGCCAAGUCAACAUUACAGAUGUGAGGGAAAUACCUCCGGACUUGGUGGAAACCCCUCGACAAGCAUUUCUGUUUGAGCUUGAAGGCUUUGAUUCAUCGUGUGGAUUUUGGGAAAGUGGCACAGUAGAUGAGUUGUUUGCACUCAUAGCAGACAAGUUGUUACAGCUGACUGUCACGCGAGUGACCAGAGACGAAGAAAUCAUAAAAUACUCUGUGCAGAUGGAAUGUGAUGGUCAGGUGAUAAACGAGGUGAUGAAAACCUGGUGGAAAAGCACAGAAAACCAAACCGACGCAGGUGAACUGACCACUUCGUACAAACCGCCACAGCAAUGUGACUCAAAUGUGAGGGAGGCUGCACAACCUGAGGACCAAGUAAAAUAUCCUCAAAACAACGAAAUGGAUACAGCUGUUGCUUGCAUCCCCCUUCAGAGAGACCACGGUGAACAGUUCACUGAUGAGCUUGUUGAGCCUCACGGGGCAGAUGAAGCCAAACUAGCAAGUAGUCCGAAGACCAGCGAGACCCCUGAAUAUUCUAUUGAUUUAGACUCUUUUGCAGAGUCUCCAAAAGAAGAGAUAGAUCAGAAAUCACCUGAAUUUAAUAUGGACGUUGGACAUGAAGAAAGAGCUUCCAUCGAAGGAGCGAACAUAGCCCCCACUGUGGUUAUUUUUCAGACUGAAUCCAAAGACAUUUUGCCAUGUGAUAGUGGCAUAGAAGAAACCAUGUUAUCUCCAUUUGCUGACGAAGACCUCUCGAUCCUGAGCUGUGACGCGGAUGCGUGUGAAACUGACAAAGGCUCUGAAGAGGACGCCUCAGUGACGGACACUGUUUGGCCAGGUGACUUAAAUGAUCCAUCGGAUGAGAACCUGAUGGAGACUGACAAGUCCGAGAUUCAACUGAUAGACCUCGAGUCUUCUGCUGAAGAGGUGAAUACCUGCACCAUGGGGAGCAUCUAUGACACCAUGAUUUACUUUGAUCCAACAAAUGACAGAAGUGACAGCAAGAUUGACGUUGCAAGGGACAGUUCUCUUACCAGUGUGACAGCAGUGAAAAUGGUUCCACAUGAAGCUCUAGGUCCCAGCGAGAGAGUUUAUCUGCAUGAGGCGUUUGAUAUGAUUGCUGAAGAAUUAGAUAAGAUUCAGACUGAACUGUUGCUGCCAUCCACUCUGCUUCCUGGCCAGCAGUUGUGUGAUGCUCCCACAGAGCAGGAAGUUGAAGCUGGCAGCGGUGUCCCACAGGUGCCAUGUGUUUCCACACAUGCAAAGAAUGACUUGAUGACAGAAGACGAGAUUGCGGCUCCUCCUGAGGAUACUAGCUCCGCUCUGCUGUUCCACAAUGACCAUGCAACCAGUGAGCCACGGACCUGCACAGUUCCCUUUUCUGAUAAAAUGGAAGAUGUUGGUCCUGACGUAAAACAUGAUCUUCAUACGACGAUAGCUAAAGACUCAAACGAGAUCCUGAACGAAUCGCUCGGAGCUCCCUCAGAGCAGCAAUCUCUACAGGAUGAGGUCAAAGCCAACGAGGACGUCUCCAGGAGUGAAGACGAGACCUCCGCUCUUCAUGAAGAUGAACUUUCCGCUCUGCCAUGUGGUAUUCAACCAAGAGGCCGCUGUCCAGAUCUGGGCGACCUGGUUGAGGAGUUGACCUCUCUCGUGGGAGAGAUCUGUUUGACGGACCCCUGGAAAGGUAUCGGAGCUCACGAUCAACAAAUGUACCAAUGCCAGCAGGCUGAAACAGACGACGGUGAACAGAUGGUGAAUCCUCCACCCAAACAGGAAGAGGACUCCGACGAGAGCACGCUCUCGCAAGAAACGGCGUCUUCUGCCGACGAAAGUUUUGAGUUCCAGCUGUCGACGGUCACUCACCUCUACCUGGUCGUCAGAGACGGCGCCGCCGACGCCCUGCCUGUGGAGCAGCAGUCGGAGGAGUGAGCGCCCCCUGAUCCCAGAUACUUUAGUUCCUUAAAACAGGUUUAAGUUCAGUUUUCUCUCAGUUCUGUUUGUUCUUUGUGUUGAUUUGUUGAGUUGACCCAGCAGGUUCCAAACUUGAGGAGUUUGUUGUUGGUUGGAGUUAAAAUGCUACCAGUUUUAAAAAGUGCACAAAGGUUUGGAUACAUGCAUGCGUGUGAAGAGAUUUAUGUUUGGUACAAUAAAUAUCGUUUCAGAUCUAA